AUGUCGACUAGUGCUCGUUUAUUUUUUGCUGGUUCAAUUGUAGUGACAGGAUUAACAGUAUAUGCUGUUAAUUAUUAUUUAACUGAUGAAACAAAAAGAAAACGUGCUAAUAUUUUUGCUGAUAUUUCUCGAAAAGAAGAACAACGUCGUUCAAAUAUCGAACAAUAUGAAAAACAAUUACAACUUGAUCAACAACUUCGAUUAAGAGAUAAAGAAUAG